CUUUGUGGAGCAGUCAGGUUCCAGCAGGCUUUUGAGGAGGCACGGGGGAGGUCACUUCAGCCUGGGCAGGAGGGACAGGCCCUUGUUGGCUUUGGGGACUUUAAAUCCGAGACCCUGCAGAGCCUGUUCGAGUCUGAGGACCCCAAGAAGAUCCGGCUGUCCUGUGACCAGAGGGUGAUUGCACAGCUCAGGUCUCACACGUUGGGCAACAGUGCCAAUCGGCUGUACAACACCCUGCGGCAGAACCACUCAGAUUCCUGGAUGCGGAGAGCGGUCCACUACCUUGGCGUCUGCGAGCAGUUCCUGGCCUUGGGCAGCGUGAGGGGGCAGUUUCCACCACCUCCACCUAUGCCCCCUCUGCCGUCACCCAUCUGGCUGCUAACGGUGUACGGCUAUGACGUCCUGACGCGGCUGGACGAGUACAAGGCCAGGAUCACGUCCACCUUCGGGUCCAUCCUGAAGAUGGACUCCACCAAGAAGGUGACGAAGAAGCUCGCAGGAGCCGCCUCUGACUUGGCCACCUGGGCCACCAACGUCGGCAACGAGCAUGGUCAGGUCCUCAUGAGCAUCCUUACCUGCUCUGAGGGUUCUGAGGGCCUGUCCAGGAUGGCGACCGGGCUCAUGAGGCGGUAUCGACUGGCCAAGGUCCCCCCCCCCCAGCUCAUCUAUGUGGACCGGGACCAAGACAGCUGCCUUGUUUUCGGAGUGGGAGCGACUGGUGGCUCGACUGGACAUCUGGCACCUGAUGCUUUGCCUCAGGUGUCACCACUGAGAGCCACCAGCUCUAUCCCACCUUCAUGGGGCAGCUGUCUCACUGCAUCUUCGAGGUGGAGUCCGGAGAUGCCCGCCGUCUCACUCAGGCCAAGCGGUCCGAGCUGAAGGGGAAGCACGGGAUGGUCAGCCUGAUGGACGCGGACGUUAUCCAGAGGUUGUCCAAGGAGGAGUGGCGGCUCCACUGUCAUCGCCGGACACGUGGAGCCGAGGAGACAGCGUUCCUCAUCCAAGACCUUCUGGACACCUUCAACGGCCCAGCAGGACGCGACACCAUGGACAUCCCGUUGCUGGACGCUCUCCGCAUUCAGGACAUCUGGAGCACCCAGAAGUAGGGCUGGGAAUCACUGGGUACCUCACGAUACGAUACGAUACGCGAUACAUGGCUCACGAUAUCGAUAAUAUCGCGAUACUGCGAUAAUUGGUAAAAAUCCUCUCUAAUAAUUAGCAUUAUA